AAGACCUGAUUUCAUUCAUCCAUGUUUGUGAAUAGACUUAUUAAAGGACCAUUUAUUAAAAUGUUAUACUGCAGGCAAUUUUAGGGUUCUGAGGACAGGUAUUUUCAGUCCCCAACCAAAAUUAAACCAGUGAUUUGUGACAGGUCUUUGCUCCACGUUUGUGAUUUCCUUGUUCUUUGUAUUUUAUUGUAGAUUCUUGUGCUAGUCACAGGCCAAGUGGAACUGCACUGAAAAUGGGCCCAGUCGGUGCAGAUGCUGAUGAAAACCAGACAGUGGAAGAAGUGAGGGUGGAGCAGUACGGACCGGAGCAAACCACUUCUAGAGGCGAGCUGGCCCCGGACCCUGAGCCAGAGCUCAUAGAUAGCACCAAGCUGAUCGAGGUACAGGUGGUCCUUAUCUUGGCCUACUGCUCCAUCAUCCUGCUUGGGGUGAUUGGCAACUCCUUGGUGAUCCAUGUGGUGAUUAAAUACAAGAGCAUGCGCACAGUAACCAACUUUUUCAUUGCCAAUCUGGCUGUGGCGGAUCUUUUGGUGAACACCCUGUGUCUGCCAUUCACUCUUACCUACACUUUAAUGGGGGAGUGGAAAAUGGGCCCUGUCCUGUGCCACCUGGUGCCCUACGCCCAGGGCCUGGCAGUGCAGGUGUCCACAAUCACCUUGACAGUGAUUGCUCUGGACCGGCACCGGUGCAUCGUCUACCACCUGGAGAGCAAGAUCUCCAAGCGGAUCAGUUUCCUGAUCAUUGGCUUGGCCUGGGGCAUCAGUGCCCUGCUGGCAAGUCCCCUGGCCAUCUUCCGGGAGUACUCGCUGAUUGAGAUUAUUCCGGACUUUGAGAUUGUGGCCUGCACAGAGAAGUGGCCAGGUGAGGAGAAGAGCAUCUACGGCACUGUCUACAGUCUUUCCUCCUUGUUGAUCCUGUAUGUCUUGCCCCUGGGCAUCAUAUCUUUUUCCUACACCCGCAUCUGGAAUAAGCUGAAGACCCACGUCAGCCCUGGUGCUGCUAAUGACCACUACCAUCAGCGAAGGCGGAAGACCACCAAAAUGCUGGUGUGCGUGGUGGUGGUGUUUGCUGUCAGCUGGCUGCCCCUCCAUGCUUUCCAACUUGCCGUGGACAUUGACAGUCAUGUCCUGGACCUGAAGGAGUACAAACUCAUCUUUACCGUGUUCCACAUCAUCGCCAUGUGCUCCACCUUCGCCAACCCCCUGCUGUAUGGCUGGAUGAACAGCAACUACAGAAAGGCUUUCCUCUCGGCCUUCCGCUGUGAGCAGAGGUUGGACGCUAUUCACUCUGAGGUGUCCAUGACAUUCAAGGCUAAAAAGAACCUGGAAGUCACAAAGAACAAUGAGCCCAAUGACUCUUUCACAGAGGCCACCAAUGUCUAAGACAAGUGGAUGUAAAGAUAAUUUGGAUAAAUUCUGAC